AUGAUGUUUGCUAGGUUGCUUUUCACCUUUUUCUUCUUGUUGCCUUACAGAUGCGUGCGCGGAUUCUUUUACCGUGCCGUACCUAUGUAUGAGUACAGGGGCAAGCUUUACACCGAGACCUUCGAUAUAGGUCCUUCGCAAACGGUUGUGCGUAACCAAGCAGUUGGAUUUUUCUGUAAAGAUAUGAAAUCUGGACAAUAUCUUAUCAAUCCAUACGUUCAACGUUGCCCAAUCGGUGCUUCUGUAUGUGGACCAGACUACGAUCAGUCCCUUGGUACGUGCGCAAAGUACGCUGGAUGUCACACAAUCGGUACGGACAAACGCGUCUGCAGUUGCAUGCCUGGUUACUUCGGCAAUGGUUAUGUUCAGUGCUUCAAGCAUUGUGACACAGACCUCGACUGCCCAUCUCCUUAUGCGGAGUGUCGCCGGGACGGUAGUGAGAAAUUCAAACGUUGCAAGUGCAAGGCUGGAUGCCCAGGUGAUGGCGUCAUUUGCAAACCAGACAAUAUCUGCACUGAAUCUGAAGAAAGCGGAGAAACACACCGCAAGUGCCUACAGACGGGUAUCCACGACAAGACCUAUGUUUGUGAUGAAGGCUACUACCUGGAUACUCACUACAGGUGCGCGGAAAUAGCUUCACUUGAUGAUGACAAAAAAGUUAGCCUGAUUGCUUUAGAUUAUGAAGAUGGAAGUCGCAUUGAUAUCGGAAAAUGUUUCUCCAUCGAAAUUAACAAAGAAAAUGGCCAGUCGUAUUUCUACCAGAUGAACAGUGGUGAUCCCAUUGUGGUUAACAAAAAGAUCGCCACCCAGCCUCAGCUUUUCUUGACCUUCGAGGUCAAAGCAAAUGAUAUAAUUGCCUUCGCUGUGGUUGACGGCGAUACAUCCAGGCUGACUAAGCUUUUCACCAUUUCCAACGGCCUUAGGGGGUGCAAAAUUGACAGCCAUCCCAAAAUUGCUAGUUCGGAGGAUGACACCGACGUACCACAGACAAAACCAACUAACAGGCGCAAGAAAUUCAAGGUAUCAUCGUCUCAAUUUGUAGAUAGUUUGCCAAAUUCACCGUGGUUCAAUCGCACGAUACCCGUUCUACUUAAAGUAGUCUCGGGGCAUGAUGAAAGUUCGAGUGGCGCUUAUAAAGGCUGCACCAAAGACAAGCUUCUGCAGAUGCACAAAAGUGGGCAAAAUAUCGAGGAGUGUGUUUUACGCGACAUGGCAACCGUGUUGUCUAACGUUGUUACGUCCAUUGAUGAGUGGCGUGAGAAUGCCCAGAACGCGAUGUCGCAACGCAUAACAAUAGAAGAAGCUCGUAGUAUUUUGGACGAUUUUAAGGAGCUAACUGGCGGUUUGAUUAAGGUAGAUCUAGCCACUGAAAUCGAAAAUGAGAUAAAGAGCUGCGAAACAUUUGGAGCUAAAGUGUUGAUGAUAAUGACUACACUUUCUUCUAAUUCAGAGCGUACAGUCAGCCUUGAUGAUGUAGAAUCUUUGGUACAAGAAGCACAAGGUCGUCGGUUUUUGGUACCGGAGGUUGCGGCUUUACAGAGCAUUUUUCGCAAUUUGAUAUCCAUACGAAGUCUUAUGGAGAUGUCCGUACUGGAACUGGAUAUCUCCGAAUGCGAAUCAUUGGUAUCAAUAUGCGAAAAAGGGAUUGUACGUCUUCCUAGAUUGGAUGAGCUACGCCGUCGUUUGCAAGAAUCUGUGUGGUUACACAACGCUGGCAAGGUCUGCCAACGGCCGGUGAAAUAUUCGCUAGCAAAAAACUUGAUAGAUACCGUGCCAGAAGUUUUGCGUGAGCAUCGUUUGUUUGGAAUUGUAAAGCAAAAGUGUCUGGACGUUGAAAAAUGGCUGGAACGUGUAUCACAAUUCUCUUUCUACCAAAUGAUUCUAAAUGACACGCCAAACAAUGGCGUGUUAUCAAAAAAGGAUGUUGUAACUACGUCUUCAAUUGAAUCUGGCACGUCUAAGGGUGGUAAAUGUGAUGCACGCACCUUCGAGGAGAUAUGCUCUGCUUAUCAUCAACUAGAGCUCACCCUCCCUAUUUAUAGAAACAUUGAACCGUUGUACCAAUCUCUCAAGCGCCUGCAGCGGCGUCUUAACAAGAUAGAAGCUCUAUUGAAUUCAAAUUCGCGCAAUCCCAAUGUGGCCACUGAUUGUCUACUGCUGCUUCAGCACUCUGAGCCGCUCUCCGUUUUCAUAGAUCUGACACAGCAGCUACAACCUAUACGUUCAGGCGUGGAAUUAUGGUUAAGUUACGAGAAAAAAUGCCGGAGGGUUCUUGAUAGUGUUAAGUCGUUUUCGAUUUCUGCCGAUUUCAACAGACUGAAAACUGAUUGGGGGUUCCUGCUUAACUUUCGCAAAACCACAAAGUUAUCGGACGCCGAUUUCGCCUGUUUAAUGGACCUUAUGAAGGCUUAUAAUGAAGAGGAACGCGUACCAUUUGAAGAGGUUCGUCAACUGGAAGCUGAAUUCGGGUCGUUGCGCAUCAAAAAUCUCGUUUUGCAGCGGGAGAUGAAUGAAAUAUACGAAAAGGGACAAAAUAUGAUAUCAAAGAUACAGUCGGUACUUGACAAUGUCAAAGAAGACGGUGGCAAAAGCGAUUCGGUAUUGAGUCACCUCGUGCUGAUUAUACUAGAGGUUCUGAAAUUUGGUGCCAAGCUGGAUUUUAUGCACACUCUCAUGCUUUGUCUAGACUAUUUGAGAUGGUCCCGUGAAUUUUAUGCUGCUGUACUAAGUGAUACGGCUCUAUCUGAUGGGGGUUCGCGCGUUAAAGCCCUCGCCGUCAAGGGCGCGAGCGAGACAUUCAAAGAGAUCACGGUGUGCAACAGCGUUCAUGAACGCAUAUUGGCACGAAUAAAUGAGAUAGGGUGUGUGCCAGCAUCUGUCGCCGCACCACUAACGGAAUUUGAGCUUUUGGGUCUACUUCUAUCGUAA